AGUCGCUAAAUAAUGAAUAUCAAACCCACAAACAAGUUUGACGUAUUAUCAGUGAACAAACUUAUUAAAUUCUCUUUUCAGUUGUUAUUAAAAGUUUGUGAAAGAUUCCAUCAUGCAGAUAGUGCUGAUAAUAAUAAUAAUAAUACUUGCAUUACUGUGCUACCUGUAUUACCGGCAUCGUUUCUUCACCUACUGGAAGAAAAAAGGUGUACCAACCUACCCGCCCAAAUUUCCGGCUGGCAACAUCACCGACAUACUACUGGGUAAAGAACACGUCUACACCUGCAUUGCCAACUUUUACACAAAACUCAAAAACGAAGGCCACAAACAUGCAGGUUUAUACUUCUUCAAUGGCCCCGUCUACUUACCAAUAGAUCGCGAAAUAAUCAAGUCGAUUUUGACAACGGACUUUGAGUAUUUCACCGACAGAGGAGUGUUCCUCGACGAAGACAAUUUCCCUCUAAGUGGACACUUAUUUGCCUUGAGAGGCUCCAAAUGGAAGACCCUUAGACAAAAACUAACCCCAACCUUUUCAUCCGGAAAACUCAAAGCCAUGUACGACGUUUUUCUAAAAAUUAUAGAAAAUUUCGUCAACACUGUUGAAACAAAUGCUCAAAAAGAAGGCGAAAUUAAUAUCAAACACACGGCUAUGAAUUUUUCCACUGACAUCAUUCUUGCCACUGCGUUUGGACUGAAUAGUAACACUCUGAAGGAACCUGACAACGAGUUAGCAAAGUCAGUACUGACGUUUUUUAAGCCUUCCAACUGGAUUUUUCUGAAGGCUGUAACAAAAGAAGGUUUUUCAAAUCCGGGGAAUUUGUUAAGAGUUAUAAUGAGCAAUAAACCACACGAAACUUUCUUUAUGAAGCUUGUCAAAGACGCGAUUGACUACAGGGACAAGAAUAACAUAGUACGGAACGAUUUUCUCUCUCUGCUUCUGGAAGUUCGGGACAAAGAAGGACUUUCCUUUAACGAAAUCGCCGCCCAAUGUUUCGUUAUUCUGUUUGCGGGUUUUGAAACUUCUGCUCAGUCGAUCAGUUAUUGUAUUCACCAUCUUGCACACAGUCAAGACUGUCAAGAAAAACUAAGAAAGGAAAUUUUCGAUAAUUUGGGCCAAGAUUUUACACAGUUUACUUACGCAGGAAUCAAGGCUUUACCUUAUCUAGAUAGGGCAUUUCAAAGGUACCCUCUAACUGUAUCAACAAGAAAUAACAUUACUGUUAUUGUUUCAGAAACUUUAAGGAUGUACCCUACGUUGGGGUACCUCAACCGAAUUUGUGUCAAGCCAUACAAAGUUCCUGGUACUGACGUGGUUCUAGAUGCAGGAACUCCAGUUUUAAUUUCACAUUUAGGUAUCCAAAGAGACCCUGAGUACUUUCCUGAACCUCUGAAGUUUGAUCCAGAUAGGUUUAAGGACGAAGAUCAAAUUUUGCCUUUCUCGUUCUUGCCUUUUGGUGAAGGUCCCAGAUUCUGUAUUGCUUCAAGAUAUGGAACAAUUCAAACUAAGCUAGCCAUAGCAGCUCUUGUUUCCCAGUUUCGUUUCUAUCCAAGUCCAAAAACACCCGAAACCAUUGAAUUUGAUAAGUUUUCUAAAUCGCCCUCGAUGGCGCCGGCGAAAGGGAUCGUAGUGAAAGUUGCUUCGCUUGGUAAACAAAAAUUUUAAAUUUAGUGAUUGGGUGAUAAUGGUUAAAAAAUGAGUCACCUA